AUUAUCAUUCACUCUGACUCUUGACUGGCUCCGUGACGCAUUUCCAUGCCGCAAGCUCGUUGCAAUGCGCUGCCCCCAGAAGUAUGGCACCAAGUCAUAUCAUACCUUUCGAAGAUCGACAUCUGUCUGUGCCGCCUCAUCUCGCACAAGUUCAACGAUAUGGCGGUCAAUGAAGCUCUCGCUGAACUUAGCAUCACCAUUGGAUCACGGGCGCGGCAUGGAGAGCCCGCCGCAUCCGAAUUUCAAUCUGCCCAAGAGCAAGUCGCUAGGACAUCCAGCCUCAUCGAUCGCAUAACGCAUGACCCGACAUUUGCCUCUUUUGUCAGACGCUUAGUGGUCCACUUCUAUGGAUGGAGGCAGCAUCAGAUGGAAAUUCUCGUUGAUGCGCUUUGUUCCCUGCAUCGACUCCAAUCGUUUACUUGGUUCGGGGCAAGACUUGUACCCUCGGACAACAUACUACAUGCUCUUGAAAGGGGUUGUCCGUCACUGCGUGUAUUGUCUCUCCCGUUACAAACAUACCAGAAUCGGAAACUGUCACAUAGUAUCCUCAGUCGCCUUCGCAGCAUCUCUGUGACACCCCCAGAGUUCGGGACGACUAUACGCACGACACUGACAUCUCUGUCGUGUAACACAUCACUUGAAUCCCUUUGUUUUCUCCGGAUGUUCUAUUCCCGACCUGCCGACAUCCCGCUCGCCCAUCUGCCGAACCUCCUUGAGCUCGAGGUAGCGUUCACAGAUACAUACGAUGGUCUUGGCGAGGCCGUCCGCCAAGCCCCACAACUCCAAUCUCUCUGCCUCUUCUGGAUUACACAUGAAGUGGACGAAGUGAUCCACGAGGUCGUCGCCGCCAUCUCGCAUCUACCCAACCUCGCCAUGCUCGCGAUCCAACAUGGUACCACAUACACACCUAUUCCGGCCGCCGCGUGUGCGCAGUUCUGUGCAGCCCUCCGGGGCCGAGCCAGGCUUCGCCGUCUCUUCUGCAACUUGCGCAUCCGGCACGAUGAUUGCGCGGCACACCUCGAUAUGCUCGCCACACUGCCCAACCUCGAGAUAUUGGCUCUCGUAACGGAAGAUGUACUCUGCGUCGAAUUCCUCGCGGAACUUCAGCGGUGCCUCCCUGCACAACUCUCCGUGCUGAUGCUUUCGCACACGUACGCAGAUUCGCAUGGCCCUCAGGCAUUCUUACGCUUCUGGCAGCAUUUCUCGAACCUCAGCUUCCUGCGAGUGGAAGCAUGGGCAGCCCCUGGCCUGACGGCGCAUGACAUCGUCCACCAUGCGGGAAAGAGUCUGCAGCUCGUACAAUACCGCGGCGACGUCCUCGACGUGGAACACUGGGAAGAUGGACAGACCAUGUUGUGGCCGUGGUCAACGCAGAAGAUAUUGUUGCGUGGCAUCGAGGACAGUGGGUGCGAGGGGUGGAACUGGUAUAUGCGGCACAGUCUCGCAUGAGGUUCUUGUGCUCCUUGAUGAGGCUAUGAGUAUAUGUGUAUAAUCUCUCGUUGGCACUGUAGUGUGUGACUGUGCGUUCGUCUCCUUCGUUGCAUGAUUGGGAUCUUGCGCUGAAAGCUCGGACUUCCGCCGUCGACUUGACGACUCACGGGUACCCUUGAG